AUGUUCCAACGUAGAAUUCCUACCAAGUCUUCCAGCGUCACCAUAUUCCUUGCACCUCGGGAUCGACAAAAAGGUCACAAAAACGAAAUCAAGGAGAAGGACACAACCCAAAUCAUCGUAACUAUGAUUCAAUCCAUCCAACAGAUCAUUCACAUGAACAACCAUGGUGUCUCCUUGCUAGGCAGCGAGGAUGACCAAAAAGCAGUAUCAGCCUUCACAACCUCAUUGUUAGCACUGCAAAAGCUUCUAGGCACUGGAGAUCAAAGCUGUCCGUUGAAGACAAGUGCAGAUGUGGACUGCUAUGUCACUGCACUGCCUGCCAAGGAGUCACUUCGACACCUUGAAGGCAAAAGCUACUACAUCUACAACAGACCUCUUGCUAUCAGCCUCGGAAACUCUUCCGACAUUCAGCUAUACUCUGCCUGCACAAUUCUGAACCUUGCCAUGGCAUACCACCGACAAGCCAAGAAAACCUGCAACAACCUAUGCACCAAGAAGGCAGAGUCGAUGUACGACAUGAUCAUCACUCUCCUUCAAUCAAGAACAGAUCCUACUUCCAUGUCUGUCAGGAUAAUUGCUGUCAACAACAUCUCGGAAAUUCACUACGAAUCUGGCCGAUUCGAUCAAGCACGAGAGGAAUUGCAAUGGCUUUCAGCAGCCAUUCAUCAAGGGGGACCAAACGUUGACUUCUUCGAACAAAGAGAUCUAGACCUUCUACUUCUCAACAUUCUUGUUCUGCUAACACCGCCACAUGCAGCUGCAGCUGCUUGA